UCUCUGGCUGCGCUUCACUUCAUUUUCCACCCCAACAUGUUGGAAAGGGGAGAAGGAGGACGAUGCUGCGCUUUACCCUUGGUGCAUUCUUGCCACCUUUCCGGCCAGCACACACUGCCUCUGACUCAGACUCACCCUCAUCUUUCACCUGUCUCCGACUAAAGGACUUGAGAGAGGAGGUGGAGAGAGAAGCGAGCAACAAACUGGAGCUCAGGAGUUCUCACUACAGGUUCCCGGACCGAGAAAACGGCAUGAGACAAGAGCGGAACAGAAACUGCUCCUCCUCUGUGGUGGAAACUACUAACACCUCAGCAGUGACCACCUCCUCCUCCUCGGGUUUCCCUGCCUCUUUUUCAACUCUCUCGGCUCCAAGAUCUAUGUGGCAAGAGGCGAUGAAGAGGAAACAGUAUUUGCUGGACCGCGCAGGGGUGUCUGGUGAAGUGGAUAAAGGAGGAGGCAGUGAGGAGAAGAGGAACAGGUCCCCGGACUGGUUAUAUGAAUCCUACUACUGUAUGAGCCAGCAGCAUCCGCUCAUUGUGUUUUUACUUCUCAUAGUGAUGGGAGCCUGCCUGGCUCUGCUGACUGUGUUUUUUGCUUCAGGGCUGAGCAUCGCAGACCAUGUGGCCUUUGUAAUCACCGUGCCCACAGCCCUCGCUAUAUUCCUGACGGUGUUUGUGCUCGUCUGCAUUGAGUCCGUCUUCAAGAAGCUUUUGCGUGUUUUUUCCUUGGUCAUCUGGGCUUGCUUGGUUGCAAUGGGCUACCUUUUCAUGUUUUCUGGUGGAAUCGUAUGUCCAUGGGAUCAGGUAUCCUUCUUCCUUUUCAUUGUGUUUGUGGUUUACACCAUGCUGCCGUUCUCCAUGCGGGAAGCCAUCAUCGCCAGCGUCCUGACCUCCGCCUCUCACACCAUUGUGCUGAGCGUCUGCUUGUCCACAACAGCUGAUCACAUGGAGGCAGUAGUUUGGCAGAUUUUAGCCAAUGUUAUUAUUUUUAUUUGUGGGAACAUGGCUGGGGCGUACCACAAGCAUCUGAUGGAGUUGGCGCUGAAGCAGACCUACCAAGACACCUGCAACUGCAUCAAGUCCCCCAUUAAACUGGAGUUUGAAAAGAGACAACAGGUAAUUAAUGCUCCUUGAUUAGCGAGGAAUCAGCAUGUCAGAGUUCUGCAGAGGCCUGUUGUUGUCCCAUCAUUUAGCUGUGCUGAAUCAGGAAAAGUACUACAAUAUGCGGGACACCAGCCCUUCGAGGACCGACUUUGAGCACGACGGCCAUAGCUAAAGCGUUUUGCAGUGGCCCUGGAGUGCUGGCCGCAGCUUUGUUUAUGACAGAUGGUAGUAUUUGUGUAGAGGCAGUUUUUUUUUUUUAAGCACUUGCUGCACUCGUAAUAUAUUCCGCUUACAGGAGGCUUUUAACCAAAGUGCAUUGCAGUAUAGUAAGUGCAUGCAUUUUGUCUGAAAAUUUCAGGCGACGCUGUGUGAAUUCCUCAUAAACCCGAAACCCUCUGCAACGUUUGCCAGCAGCCACGACUCGUACAACCACCAGAGCCUUAUAAAUAGUGCAGAGGAAAGAUU